CAUGGUCGCCAACACAGAAAAUAUAUUCAUAUUAUGCUUCAUGUCGACUUGACAACAGGCCAGCGACAGCAUGGAACAGGACGACCUCGGACUCUUUGUAUCAAAGAUUAUUGAAGCUGAGAUCUUGUUCAAGCGUCUGAAGCCGAUACAACAGGAUCAGGCCCUUGGGGUGAUCAGUUCAUUGUGUAAGUCAUGUGAGCAGAUAGUGGGAGGUUCCCAUCAUAGCUGGUCAACUUUCACCCCACAGACCAGCAAAAUUCUUGACAAAUAUUACAGCCCAGAACAGGUCGUCCAGGACAUUCUUUAUGAGCUUGUCAACCGGUCGGUGAAAGUAGCAGAAGAUAAAUUGACAAUUUGGCCUUCUCAACGACUGAGAGAUCGUCGACGAUCACAUGUGAAGGUUGAAGGAAGUUGUGGAAGUGAAGAUGAAGAUCAAGAAAUCAAUGGAGACAUUUCAGACGUUGACAUUGAUACUGACUCCUACAGAGAAAUCUCUUCAAGAAACAGGAAGCAACAACAUCCAAGAAAGACAACUCUAAAUUCACAUGUCAAAGGAAAUGUUUAUACAGGUAAAAAGAGAGGAAGAAAACCGAAACAUCUUAAACUUGAACAUAAAGAGACUGAAAUAAUUCCAGAACCAAAAGUUGAACCAGUUGUUAUUAAACGUGCUCGAGGACGUCCACCAAAGCGGAAAAUAUUUACAUGUGUAACUUGUGGACAAUCGUUUACUCAUCAGCAGUCACUAGUCGUUCAUGCUCUGGAGCAUGGAGAACAGGCGAAAUCAUGUGAAAUGUGUCAUGAGGAAUUUUUAUCUCAAGAAAGUAUUGCUCUUCAUCGAUGUAAGAACAGAAAAAAGUCCCAUGUAGGUUUAAGGCUAUGUCGAGUUUGUGGUGAUGAAUUUCAAACUGCCAGACUUCUGAGUGAUCAUAUGUGUAGUGAACAUGGCAUACAGAAGUCACGAUACUUUUGUGAGUAUUGUUCUGCAGGGUUCAUCAAGAAACAGUCGGUCUACAAACAUUAUAAAAAACAUGCUGAAGGAAAAAUUGUCUGCAUGAAGUGUGGACAUUUCUCAGUGGACUUAGCAGCCCAUAACGAACAUUCUAGUACCCAUAAGAAGACUGGCGCUUAUUCUUGUGACAAAUGUAGUGCUACAUUUGCAAAGUCUCAACAUUUUGAUCGUCAUUCCGCAAAUGAACAUUCCUGUCCUUUAUGUAGUUUGCGUUACUGUACACGCCGCGAACUUUGUCGCCAUCUGAAGGAAAAGCAUGGCAUCAUCCGAAGUAAUGACGGCAAAGUAUAUAAAUGUGACGUAUGCUGCAAGGCAUUUGAUCGACCGUAUACUCUGGAUGUGCAUAAGAGAAUCCAUACAGGAGAACGGCCUGUUGAAUGUACAGCUUGUAAAUUAUUUUUCCGGACUGGAAAGGCACUGUUUAAACAUAAACAAACUUACACACAUUCCAUCAAAGCUGGAGAGGAGGUGAAAGAACGCACUUUUCUAUGCUCUAUCUGUGGAAAGGCUUAUUUCAGAAAACAUGCUCUCCAGCGACACAUGAGUUAUCAUACUGGUGAGAAACCACACACAUGCCAGUACUGUGGCUACAGCUGCAGAGAACCUAACAAUCUCAAACGCCACAUGUCACUCCACUUUGAGUCACAGAGGAACUUUGUUUGUGAGAUUUGUGGAGCAGCUUUCCAUGCCAAGAAAACUUUAGAAAUGCACCAUGCGUAUAAACACAAUGAGGAUAGAAAAUUUACAUGUGAUCAAUGUUUUCUCACAUUCAAAGCUAAAAAUGCACUUAAACGCCAUAUGAAGGUACAUUCUGUUGAGAAGGAGUACAAGUGUUGGUGUGGCACAGCAUUUAAACGCAUGUACAACCUGCGCCGUCAUCUGAAAGCCGUCCAUGGUACUGACGAUCUCCUGCCACCAGUACGCAGAGUUAACACUCUUGACAGUGAUAAGAAAAAUCCUGCAUCACGCACAGACUCCCUGCCAAUGGACAAGAUUUCCACAAGUGGGCGCAAGAAAAGUACAAAAAGAGCCCUUGCCACAAAGUUUGGGACUUCAGAUCACGAUUAUUUUGAGGCAAGAACAUCCUCAACAUCAGCCGCCAAGCCAGAUGAUUCUGUGAAUAAUGAUAAUGUGGUAACCAACCCAAACCAUUCUCAUGACUCCGUGCAGUUUAAUACUGUGACAUCAUCAGGCCCAAAUAUUUCUCAGUCUGUGGUGAUAGAUAGACCUACAGAAUUGAUGCCCCAAAUUGCUCCCUCACCAACACAGUCACCACGGCAACCUGUUCCCUUGUCUAUGCAGCAUGCACAGCCUCACCACCCAGGACAACACUAUCUCCAACCCCACUCACAAAUGUCUUCCCAUCCAGGGCAGGGACGAAUGAAGUUUGACACACAUAGUGGUAUCUAUAGUAACGGAAUGGAGAAACAACAACAUCCACAAGGGAUUGACACUAACAACAUGUACAUGCAAAACAGCACUGCCAUAGGGGGCAGUACAUUCAUACCUCAGGCUGUUGCUUACUCUACCAUCAUGCGUGAAUAUGGAUCUCAAUUCCAGUUCAUUCCUGACUCAUCAAACACACCAUAUCAUAACUUUGUCAAGUAACCAUUGACCUCCUACAUGUGUCCACAUCACUGCAAUGAUACAACUCUGACAAUUAUAUGUUUUUGUUUUGUAUUGCUGUUAUUGGUAUCAAUAUAAGAACUGAUAUCUGUAACCCUUGACCUUUCAUCAAUGUGUCAUGAUGGAUCCCAAAUUACCACUUUUAAAAAAAUGUCUAUCAAUCAGCUUCCGUCCUACCAGCAUCCAAACACUGUUCAGCCUUCGGUUUCAACCAGCCAACACUCAGCUGAAUAAAAUUGACCAAUUAGGCUGCUGAAGGUAGUCUGACCAAUUUGUGGUCACCAGUCAGCUAGACUGUCUGCGUCAUAUGGGCAAAUUAGUGACCUUUCAUCUGAUAUUAAUUAAUAUUAAUUAAUUAAGAUCAGUGUGGUUAUUGGAUUGUGAGGUUAGUAGUUCUCUUUUACCAAGGGGAGAAAGUCAUCUACUGCUUUGGUUGUUUCAGAUAAGUAAUUCCCCUAGUACACUGGACAAUCUCUGCAAAGAAUUCAAACUUCCAUGGCUUUAUUAAAAGUCAGAAACAAAAAGGACACAUUUUUUUCCAAGGAAAAUAUAAAUGGACAAAGAUUAUAUCUAAAUAUUCUAUUUUCAGAGUAUUUAUUUUUCAACCUUUCUUUCCUUCUGGAAAGUAGUGAUUUCAUUCUCACACUAAUUUCUAUCUUACACGACUUUCACACACUUAGCAUUUUAAAGCUCACAGUAGUAUAUUGACAAGUAAGGACAGACUGAUCAAAGUAAUGGUUUCUUACACAAUAUUUUAUCCUUUGUGCUUUUAAUACUAGAAACCAUAAAACAUGAUAGAUACAGAAACGCUGACACUGACAUUUACACACUAGACAAGUUAAAAAAAGUGCUCCUUUUAACAGAUGUACAUAUCAAGUAAUUGUGCAGAGAAUUUCUGAUAAUUGUUACCAGUAAUGAUUAUGUAGCCAUUGUAGUGGAUAUGCAAUUCAUUGCACUAUUUUACUAAAAACUGAUUACACGUUGGAAUUUUAUUACCCCAGAAAUAUGUUGGAAGCACUGUAUUUCUCUGAUUUCAAUCUAUUGCUACAACAUAUAGGUGUCAUUAAGUCUACAAUCUCAUUGUUCUGCAGAUGUACUGAAUGCCGUUAAGAAUUUAAUGUGAUAUUUUAUAUAUUUUAUGGGUUGGAUGGAAGAAUACAUUUAAACUUAAAAGAUAUUUAAAUAUAUAUUAAUUUUAUUUAAUAGAGAUAUAUAGAAAUUUCUAUAGCAGUUAUGAGUUCAAGUUCAAAGGUUUUAUUUUUUUAGUGUGAAGUAUACAUUCAUACAUAUAACAGGGAUUUUUCUGCUCAUAUGAGAAAGAGCUGUUUGAUAUCAUUUUUGGGGUAAAAUUGAUCAGUUGGGAUGGCAAUUUUUAGAAGUAUAUAUUUUUGGAACAUGGCCGUAUUGUGAAAUAAAUCCAAUAGGGAACGGGGCCCAUAUUCAGUUCCACAGAGCCCUGAAUAGAUAGUAUGUUUGUAGGAUAUUUCUGUCAAAGUCUUUUGGAGACUGCAGGAGAUGUUGGACCUUAAUGAGGACCAACACUGGCUUUCACUGAAGGCAGUGAUUGAUCUACAGUCUACAGAUGUUAAGCAGUCUUACUCUGCUCUUAAGCCAUUUUCAUGAAUUUUGAUUACAAUAAGUUUGAUGUGGUUCAUUUAUUUGGUGUAAUUUGACCCUAAAUUAAAUCAUAUCAAAUUUGUUUUUUGGUUGACUGUAAAACAAAGUGAUUGCUUUACUGGGCAAGACUAAUCUCUAUUUCUCUGAAAGGAAUUUACCUCAACUGAAGCUGUCAACAAUGUCUACAGAAUAAGGGAUCAGUAAUUAUGAUUCCACAGUGAUGAGUGAGCAGUCUUUUUGAUUGUCCAGGCUAAAUUAGGCCAUUCUAGGACUAAUGCCUAUAUUGUUGCUUCUUGGGUACAUGGAACUGGGAUGUUACUUUGUCUCCAGAUCAGGAUUACCCUGUCAACCAGAUUAGUACUUAUCUGUCUUAGUUUCUACUGGCUUCCCAGUCCAUGGUAGUCUGUGACUGCCACUUCCAUCUUCCCGGAGAGGAAUGACUUUCUGUUUUGGAGGUGACCAGAGAGGACAGGUCAGACAACCUCAUUCUCCAGGGAGCUGGUGUUGGGGUUAUAAUUGGCUGGUACCCUCACUUGCAGUAGUUAGAUGCUCCUGAGUAUGCACCAAUCAGGGAGCUAGGAAUUGGCCCCUUCUUCAUGUUUUGAUGUGGUGUUCAACUGCUACAGGCAUCGAUGGCCUUCGAGAAAACGUAUAAAUGGAACAGCAAUAAAUUACAUUGACCUAGUUGUUUAGGUGUUUUUCUAUAUAUAGUAACAACUGUUCUGUCAUAUCUCGCUGCCUGAUUCAACAGUAAGUGGCUAUAUUUAGUGUCUCAGGUAGUCAUUGUUGUCAAACAUUCCUCAUUGUAUUAAAUGAUUUAAAUUCCUGGUAGCUUUGAUCAAAGAGGUAUCAGGGGUGUCCUGCUAGUAAUGCCUGUCGAUCAAAGAUACAAUCUGUAUGCAAUGUUCACACUACAUUCCCUCUCUGCCAAACAGGUUGUUACUGUAAUAUUACUUUCAAUGUAUUGUUAUUGUAGAAACAAUAUUACUUCCAAUUACAUUGAUAAAAUUCAUGCUUGUAUCUAUAUUUACAUAUAAUGUACUUACAACAACCUUCAUACAAAAUUAUUUUGAAGUAAAUAUAAUGAAUAUGAACAAUAGUAAUUUCUUAAAAUAUUAAAUGUACAUGUUUAUCUGUUAUGUAAUCACUGACUCAGAUCCUAGUAUAUCCAAAUCUCAAAUACAAUAAAUUGUAUCAUUUUUAGUGAUCAAGGAUUCAGACUGUCACAAGUACAUGUACAGUAGUGACUUGAUUAUUUAAGUGGAUUUGAAAUACUUUUUUGGGAUCAAAAUUAUGACAUCAUAAAAUUGGAAUUAAGUAACAAGUUUUUAUGUACAUUUAUUACCUUUAUGAUAACUGAAAAUUAGCCAAUGAACUCCUAGUUUUAUAGUCAAGCCGCUGCGUUUCUAAAGUACCUUUUUGUGCGUUAUAUUUUAGGGCUGAAAUGGAUGGCAGAUUUUAUAUUUUGAAUGUUUGUUGAAUUCAAAUAUAUGAUAUUUGAAUAUAAGGAUGGUAUUGUUUUUGAAUACUGUAUAUAGUAUUGAAAUAGUGUGACUGUAUGUGACAGUCUAGAUACUUUUGUUUUAUAUAUUAAUCAUAUUGUUGUUAGUUUUGUUGUUAGCAUUACUAAAUAAAAACAGCUGAAAUUAUAUG